CAGCGUGUAAUCUUGUUUCUAACCUCUUACAACACUUGCAUACUGUUGUGUCUUGCGAAUUGAAUUAUAUGAAUAGAAAAUCUAUAUAAUCUAGGUGAAAUGAAUAAAGAAGCGACUGAAAUUGACUGUAUAUUACGACCUAUGAAUUGCGAAAUUAAUUUACUAUCGAGAUCUGACGGCUCUACAAUGUUUAUGCAAGGUGAUACCACAAUUAUUGCGGGUGUAAAUGGUCCGUUGGAAACAAGAAGCCAAAAAAUGGCAUAUGAUAGAGUUUCUGUUGAAGUUACAUAUACACCUCUUAAAGGACCAGCAAAGGUGGAUGAUAGAUUAAUUGAAACAUAUAUAAAAGAGACUUGUGAAUCUGCUAUAUUAGUUUCAUUUCAUCCUAAUACCAUGGUAUGCAUUAAUCUGCAAGAGAUGCAAGAUUCUGGUGGGCUACUAGCUUGUGCUAUUAAUGCGUCAUGUUUAGCACUAAUUAAUUCAGGGCUUUCCAUAAAAUUCACCAUUGCAGCUGUAAGUUGCAUGAUAGAAAAAGAAACAGGGGAAAUAAUUAUGGAUCCUAACAGCUUACAAUUAAAAAAUGCAAGAGCCGAAUUUACAUAUGCAUUUGACAGUAUUAACAAAGAUAUUGUAUGCUGUCAUAGCAUCGGCCGAUUCUCUCAAAACGAAUUCUUGACUUCUAUGGAUAAGUGCAGACAAGUCAGUAAAUAUGUGUUCGAUUAUUAUAGGGAAGUCACAAAAAAGUAUACAAAUAUAAUAUAAUAUUAUAAUAUUAUUUUCAAAUAAACAUUCUUUUUUACCUUCUGAAUUAAUGAAAUUUUAAACGUCAGCAUACUAAUUAAUAUAACCGUUGGUAAAUUUUCGUGAUUAUCAAUGAAGUGCCGUUAAUGGUAUAUAUAUACAUAUAAAUGAGGCCCGAGAAUAAUUAAAAGUUAAUAUUAUCAACUGUCGAUAUAUAAACUUUUUAACCGCCGACAUAUAAUUUUUUAAAAUUUCGUUUAAUCCAUGCAGGAUUAAAUUCGUAAUGUUUACAUGGUCAAUGUAUUAUAUAAAUAAUAAAAUGAAGAAAAUAUAUCUUUGCCAACUGUAAAUAGCCAUUACAUUACCGUUUUAUGCAAUACUUUGAUGUUUCGCUAAACAUUUUAAUAUUCAUAUUAUAUUUAAUUAUAAAAUAUAUUUAAAUUUAAUUUUUAUUACAACGCUCGUAAUUAAAAAGAGAGAACUUUAUAGUUUCUAUCGAUCAUUGCGAUUUGCGCUUCAGUUUCUAGUUGUUACCCAAAGAGGAUGCAAUAUACUUCUUGAUUUCUGCUGCCCUCUGGUGUAUACUUUUCUUUGCUAUAUUUAAAGAUUUUAGUGAAAUAUUAGUUAAGAUCAUUUGUAAUAUCAAACUUCAACUUUUAUCAAAUAUUUCGAGCGACAACAAAAUAAAUAUAUUUCAAAGUAAAA